AUGACUCUUCUUCGGGUUGUCUCUCUUCAUGAUGAGCCUUCUCAUGUUACAAAGGCUACUGUUCUCCGCAACAUGGGUUUUGAAGUGAUGUCUUUCUUAGGUGAUAAGGAGAGUCAUUCAAAGACUGAAAAGAAGAGUAAUUUGGAGAACAUUAAGGAGACUAAUAAGGAGAGUCAUUCCGAGAGUGAUAAGGAGGUGGAGUAA